AUGCCUACCGAAGCUCAGCAAGCCCUUCACAUCACUAGGCCUGUUUGUGCCAAUGCUGGUUGCAAAUCUGAUGGGCAGAACUUGAAAGCAUGCACCGGAUGCUUUCUCAUCGAGUAUUGCAGUAAGGCAUGCCAGACACGAGACUGGCCGCAACACCAAACUACUUGCCAGUUAACACGACACAGAAUUUCGUACAGCGAGGUUCCUAUUCGUCCUAUCGAAACACCUCCGAACCUCGUUUCGGAGUGGUACAAUCUUGAUCAGAUGCGUGCGUUGAGGAGCCAUGAUGACGCUCGUAUUCGAUGGGUCUCGGAAGAUACAACUGCUAUAGACAUGCCUGCUAUAGACGUACUCCGGCUAGGCAGCAAUGAAGGAGACGACCACAGCCAUGUUCUAAACAUACUUUUCGCUGGCGAGUACCUCUCGACAAUUAUGUGUGCUCUACUAAUCGUACCUAUCUCAGGCUGUGGAGAGAUGCAAGAUUUCAUAAAGACUGUGGUGUCAUUGGGUGACCGCACACCUCCGUUGCGUGUGGUGCUCCAAGAGAAGAACCAUUGCCUGUGCUUGCGAAAUAUCGCAAUCUUGCUAAUUUCUAUGGGCUCGGAGGAUCCUAAAAUUGCUGCAGAGCUGCUUGUCCAGCUUUGGUAUUCGGCCUUUCUCCCAAUUGGCUACUUUGACAGGAUUCUAGCACAGCUAGAACCGUACAUGGAGAAUUCGCCGCAUGAUGUGCGAGUUUUGCUUGACGACCCGCUGCGUAUUCACAACCCAUGGCUUUUGGGACAUGUGCUUUUCCUUUCUUCCGAGUUGAAGGCUGCUCUUCUUCGCCCUCUGCACGACACCAAUGCCACACAGUCAGUCAACACGAAUAGGUGGAACAUCGGUAGCUGCUCUCUGCGAUACGAGCAUCCACCUGCAGGAUCUGAUGCCUUUGUUUUUCUAAGACCCCCUUUCUCCCUUGCCCCCAACGUGCAUUAUCCAUUGCGUCUCAACCAAUACUCUCGAACCAUUUUGAAGCCAUGGGAUGAGUUUCCUGACGCAUGGUUUGAGACGAUCUUGCCGACACCGACAGGAUGGCAGGUUUCCCGCAAAGCAUUCUUCGAGGAGCGGGUGCUUCUGCCAUUCGGCCACGAGCGCAAUGGAGAUUGGGCAAAACCGCUCAAGGAGAGAAGAGAAGGUCCGGAGAGUACUGGCCAUUGGAUCGAGAACCCGUUCUAUCUUGGCGAUAUGGCGCUUCGACCUCCGAUCAAUGGCACCUCGGACCCAUUGAGAUGCUGGGGCCUUGAGGAUGUCUCGAAGAACGAGCUUGCGCCGAAGAAUGAUAUCUACGGAAAACUAUUCUACUACGUCCGCGACAUGCUCGAAAAGUUCAUAAUUCGCUUGAAGUCCAUCAAGAUAGAUAUAGAGGUCCAUUGCUGCGAGCCUGAGGUUCUACAGUCCAGACUCGCCGGGCAGCAGUUUGAUCGCAUUCAUGCUUCCAACCUGGGCGACGACUGCAAAAUGGGGAUGAAAUCGAUGCUGACACAUCUUUCUCCGCUCUUGAAGCCGAAGUCAGCCAAUUCCAGUGCACGCCUUAUAUCACUUCGCUACGAAAACGACGAGGGGAUUCCAGACUUGAAGGCUGCUCACGAUUCAAUUUUCAAGCUCGAUAGUGCGUUAUGGGAACGUGAUAUGGAGGAAAGCGGGGCCCCGGAACAGCCCAAAUCCUGGAGCAAGGGCAACUAUCUUACCGCGUUCAUGAUAUCAGAGUCCAUGAACGCUGAGCAGGAGAAGGUACGUCGAGCUUGGGAGCAGAGCCGGGCGCGUCGCGUGAAUAAACUAGGGGCCCCUCUUGGAAUGGAGAUUCAAGAGAAUGUGAUUACUACUCCGUGGCCGUUCCGAAUCAACGAUGAGGAGUCUAGUCGUGAGUCAGAUGGACCGCCUCUCGACAAUGGGAAAGCGUCAUUCAAACUCGCACUAGCUGAAAGAGAGCUUUCUGCUCGCUACUAUGAAUGGCAGAGAAUGGUUUGA